AUGGCUGUUUCUCACUGGCUCCUCACUUCUGUGCUCCUUCUGCUGCUCUUCAUAACACAGGUUUUAGCACAGCAACAAGGGUGUUCUGUUAGUAACAGUGAACCAAGUGUUUAUGAAAAUAACCCUCCUGGCUAUGUGCUGGCCACUAUCCAUGUGGAUCCAGGCUUCGCUGUGUCCAUUGAUCCUACUUCCGAAGAUGCCAAAUUUUUCGCUAUACAGGGGUCUGAGCUGCAGCUGGCUGAAACAGUGGACUACGAGGAAAACACUGUGCUGAUGGUGACGCUGAUCUGUUCGAACUCUGAUGUGGAGAGUUAUUCCUUGGAAAUUCUGGUGACCAUUCUCAAUGAGAAUGACAACAUUCCAGUGUUCAAGCAAACCAACCUCACCCAAGUUGUUCCUGAGGAUACAAAAGUGAAUGCAACCAUUAUAGCCCGUGAGGAGUUAAGUGCCACUGAUGCUGACCAGGACACCAUCUUCUAUGAACUCACAACAAUAGUGCAGGGCACAGAAGAUUAUUUUGCCAUAAAAGGACUUAAUAACCCAGAAAUUUAUUUAAGAAGAGCAUUGGACUAUGACAAAUUUAAACUGACAACAUUGCUGCUGUAUGCACGGGACAGGCCUGUGGACAGCUCUGACGCCACCAACACAGCUACUGCAACUAUAAAUAUACUUAUUGAACAGUCUGACACCAAACCUCCCUGGUUCCUACCCUGUACCUUCAUUAACACGGACAACAACAUCUGCAUCAGCAGCCCCUACACUGGGAGGGUCAAUAUAUCCGAGGUGUCGACAGAACCACUCAUCCUGGAACCGGGGCCUAUCCACGCCAUUGAUCCUGACUACACUAUAAAUGAGAGGAUUGUGUAUAGUAUUGUUGGUGGGGAUACAGACAAAGUAUUCUCAGUGGAUGCAGACACAGGGAAUCUGACUAUGAACAAAGCAGCCACUUCCCCAGAUGGGUUCCUCCUGCAGGUGAUGGCCACCCAGGUCAACAACAUCCAGAAAUACUCCAUAGCCAGUGUAGAGAUUAAGGUCAUCAAUAAAAGUGAGCAUCCACCAUACUUUGAGAACAAGACCUACAGUGGGACAGUGUUUGUUGGACUGGCCGCAGGGAGCUUUGUCUUCCAAGCUGGUGAUCCUUCAAGCCCCCUGAUGAUAACAGCAGUGGAUGAUGACUUCCUUGAUAAAGUCAACCCAAAUAUUGAGUACUACAUAAAAAACAGUACUGAUUUCAUUGCAACCAGAGAUGGAUUCAUCCUGACAAAUGCGGUACUGCAGUCCCCAGAAACUGUAACCAUUGAGGCUGUUGGAAAAGACACUGUGAGCUUGCAGGAGGCAAGCACUGUGAUUGUGGUGGAGGUUGUGCGUGCCACAGCUGUAACCUCCUCUGAUAAGGCAUACACUGCUCAGGAUAUGGCUAUCUUAGGUGGUACAUUAGCAGCACUGCUAUUACUUGCCUUAGUCUUCCUUGGAGUGAUGAUAUAUAAACAGUACAGAAAACCAGUCAAAUACCUCAUAAGGAAAAAGCUCUCGAAGGAAAUCUCUAGGGGUUCCCAGAACCAAAGCUACAAGCAAGAGACACUCCCAGAUGUGAGCACCAAACAGCAUGAGGCAUCGGAGAACGGCAGUGUCCAGUCAAUGACACAUGUACUAAAGCAACCAGCACUUCCCUUGCCCUCUUCCAAUGCAGAAGAAAUUAACAGCCCCCCAAAGGCUUUUGUAGCUUCUACUAUUACCUUUGACCAGGAAGAGAAAGAGGAAGAAGUGGGAGACACUGAACCUAAGAAAGAGGUGAAGUCUAUCCUCAAGACAGACAGGCAUGUGGCAGAUGAUGGCUACAAAGCUGUGUGGUUUAAGACAAGUGUGGAUCCAGAAGCUGGAGAAACAGUUGAAGUGAUCGAGGACAAUGCAGUAGAUAGUGAUGAUGAGAAUGACCAAGAUCUGAAGGAGGAGGAGGAGGAAGAAGAUUAUGACAAGAAUGAUCACUACAGAGGGCCGUGAGCAUCCUCAGCUGAGAGCUCCCUCCCAGCUGCAGAAGUGAUGGUCAACAUGUCUCACAUAGAUGCAGUGACAAAUGACAGUGACCUAGUGUCCUGG